GUCGUCUCUGAUUUGCAGGACAUCUGUACAGGGUCUGAUGUCAACCAAGGUCAACCCCCGCCGCUAGAUCUGCAAGUACCGGUACAAGUGGCUGCCGCUGUGCGCAAACUAGUGGUACAUCUGCAAUUAAAUUAUUUUACAAAUGCACUGAGUCUCACUCUGUCUGUCAUAAAGAUAGGUAGUGGGUAUUCUUGUGCCAAAGACUUGGAAGAGAUCAUGUGUGUGGGACCAGGUGCUCAGUGUGGUUUACUGUCAGUACACGGAGUCGGUACAUACCGACAAUGACAUACACUGAUACAGCGGUACUUGCCAAGCUAGGCAAGAGAGUGAGCUGGGAGUCGUUGGUACGGAUGUGGGUCGGGUGACUGACUCACUAACCAGUUACCUGGCAGUUCUUGCCAAUCUUGGUCCGAAGCUCUCGCAAAACGUAUUGUCGUCGCCGGUCAUGUCGAUAUGUCAGCCUCGGACUGGAGUAAAAGUUGUGCAUGCAUCAUGACAGUGUGUCGCCAUGUGCACUUGAAAUGUUGCCUGGCCUGCUUCUUCACUCAACUAACUUACUUUUUACAGUAACGUCAGAGUUCAACAGCAGCUGCGCAUGUAGGCUCAAGCAUCCAAUCUCAAGUUAGUGUGCAGUCUAGAGAGACGGAGCUGGAGAGGUAACACAAGCCCUGGACAAGGUCUUCAAGUCUAACAAAGCUCUUCGUUGUGUCUGGAAAACGGUAUGCUUCGCUGGCCGCGUUCAGUUUUCGGAGAUCAGCGCGGAAAACCGCCUUUUGCUUCUUGUGACUGAACAGUGAUUUGCCGCUACACAGCAGCUGAUUGUGCACACCUGUGUGCGGGCAACUGGCGAAGCGAGACGGUAUGAGUGACGGACUAGACGUAUCGACGCUCUCUCUCCGCGAUGUCGGUAUCGGCAGUGGUGGCCCAGAACCAGAUCUGGAGGCCAUCCUCAACGUGCCCGUCAGAAACCCGGCUAGCCAACUGGCACCAUUGAAGAAGGCGCCACCCCCUGACAAACUGCCCGUUGCAAGCCUCUUCGACACUGGCAAACCAGGCUCUGGCAACAAGAAUUUCAAGGUAGCUGUCCGCGUACGGCCCUUGAUCGAACGAGAAAGGGUGUCGGACAGAGGAACGCGACUCACAGUAUCAUUCGAUUCGAACACAAGCCUCACCAUUCGUCAACCGUCCUCUGGCUGGGACGAAGAUGACGACGAAGCACCGACCAGCUUCACAACAUCAGCUGCAGCUGCCACCACUGCCAACCAGCAUUCCUUCAGCUUCGAUAAAAUCUACGAUCCAUCAGUGGGUCAGGAGGAGCUGUACACGAGCGGUGUGGCUCCGGUAGUGGAUAGCAUUCUGGAAGGUUACAAUGGCAGUAUAAUCUGUUAUGGACAGACAGGUACAGGCAAGACUCACACCGUGGAAGGAGGUAAAGGUGAUCAGAAGGGUAUUAUUCCCCGUGCUAGCGAUCAGAUCUUCAGUCAUAUCGAGAACAAGGCCGAUGCUCACAGUCGCUAUUUGGUUAGAGUGUCAUUCCUUCAGAUCUACAACGAAAAGCUCAUAGAUCUGCUCCAUUCGACCAAGCGCAAGGGUGCCGCUAGCAUAGGUCCAGCCAUUGACAAGGCGUUGAAGAUUCGUCGCACCGCGGCUGGCGGCAUAUUUGUGCAAGGUCUAAGUGAGCACGUGGUAAGAACACCAUCGGAUGUUGCCAACCUCUUGGUACAGGGUGGUGCUAUGAGAACGACAGCGCAGACCAACAUGAAUGUAGCAUCAAGUCGCAGUCAUGCCGUCUUCAGUAUCAUUGUGGAGCGAGCACACAUGGAUGCAUCCAAGAAAGGCAGCAAUUCGGUUACGAUUGGGAAGCUGAAUUUGGUGGAUUUGGCUGGUUCAGAGCGCCUGAAGACAACUGGUGUGACAGGCGUGCGCCUCGAGGAGACAAAGAAUAUCAAUUCGUCCCUGUCCGCUUUCGGCAAGGUCAUCCUAGCUCUGACAACGCAGAGCCGCAAGCAUGUGCCGUAUCGUGAUUCUCAGCUAACCCAGUUGCUCCAGGACUCGUUAGGUGGCAACUGCAAAACCACUCUGAUUACGACUAUCACACCUGCAUCAUCGUCGUACUCCGAAUCAGUCAACACUCUGAACUUUGCAAACAGGGCAAAGAAGGUGAAGAAUUAUGCCAUGGUCAAUCAGGACAUGACCGAUCAAGCUCUGCUUUCCAAGUAUGAGAAAGAGAUCAAGCGUCUUCAGAGAGCUCUCCAAGAGCAAAGGGAAGGUGGGCAGCUUGUAGAUCGCAGCGAGCUGGAGCGUGUUGAAAGCAAAUGGGCUGAGGUGUUCCGCGAGAAGGAGGCUGUUAUGAGUGAGCUGGAGAAGCGCGAGCAGGAGGUUGAGAAGUAUGCAAAUGAAAAGAAGUCCUUGGAAGAGAGGAUCAGUGCACUGGAAGGCAUGCUGGUGGUGGGUGGCACUCAUGCUGCGGACGCUUCACGUGCAGAGGACACCGAGGAGUUUCAAGUUGCCGUGCGCAAGAAGCAAGAAGAGCUUCAUAAAGAGUACAUCCAGAAAGUGCAGAGUGUAGAGCAAGAACGUCAGGAACUUGCCAGAGCGCGGGAGCUUCUCGCUAAGAAACAGGAGGAGAUCGACCGUGAACGUGAGCAGAUGGCAAGUAGGACAUCGGCAACUGUGGGUGAAGUUGCUGGUGACUACAGAGAUGACAUGUCCGAAGGAGUGGUAUUUGAUCGGACUGAUGGUGGUCGACAACAGCAGUGGGCCACUCGCCGCCAGUCCUCUGGCGUCCUGCACAACACCUGGGUUUCAAAUAAACCCGAGCCCAUUAGUCCGACCAGAUUUGAGCUGGACGACUACAUCCGUGCCCUGCGACAUCCUGAGACCGGUAUUCGCCUGUGCAUUCAUGCAACGCAUGGCCCCUGUUUCUCUGGAGCUGACGCUGCAAUGUGGUUCACUCACCACAUGCAAGGAGUUGACACGAUUGAGGCUGCCGAGGAAAUUGGCAAUCGUUUCAUCAAGCUGCGUGUUAUUGCAAGUACGGAGCAGUCUCUGGGCUUUCAGGCUGCUGAUCACUGUUUCUACACAUUCACGCCGGAGACCGAUGAUGCCACUAUGCCGCCACAUUCACCUGAGCCACGACCAUCCAGUGAGCUGUCUCAUUACUCUGCCAGCAGUGAUGCUGCACUAACAUCACGACCGCAGACGUCUGCAAGUGGUGCCUUCUCCACCGAUGGCUUCUCAUACCCAGUUGCAGCAUCUCCGCAGCGCGAAUCUCCGGAUGGCAUGUUGGAAGAAGAUGCUGGCAGCAAUGCGCUACACGCAGCUGCUGCAAAGGGAGACCGAUCAGCUGUAAAGCAGCUAAUACCGGCGUAUGGCAUCGAGUGUACUGACCACAGUGGGCGUACUCCGCUCAUGUAUGCUGUAAUUGGGAAUAAGCAGAAGAUAUGCGAGCUGCUGAUCCGCUGUGGUGCCAACCUCUUCGCUGAUGACAACAACGGUCGGACGCCACUCCUGUGUGCCGCCUACUAUGGCAAUGCUGACUGCAUGCGAGUGCUCCUGGGCCAGAAAGCAUCUACCCAGGUACUACUCCGUAGCACUGAUAUUGCUGGUCGCUCUGCACUUCACUGGAGCACCAAGGCAGCAACAACUGCUGGUCUUCAACUGCUUGCCAAGCACUGUAGUUCUCAGGUCAUCAAUGCCUACGACGAUGACAAGACCACUGCGCUGCACUGGGCUGUGCUCUUCAGACGCCCGCAGCACUUGCAGAUCCUUCUGAAGACGAUGCUAGCUGACGCUAGCCUGCCUGAUGCGGACGGCCGGACGUGCUUGCAUUAUGCUGUCAGCACCAACCAAUUGGAUUGUGCCAAGUUCAUUACGGAACAGUGGCCCGGAAUCCUCAACCAGAAGGACAAGCGCGGCCGCACCGCAUUGCAUGUGGCUGUAUCAUCAGAGGGAACUCCGGACAUGCUCCAGCACAUCCUGUCGUGCAGCGAGUGUGAUGUUAAUGCCACGGAUGCACGCAAGACUACUCCUCUGCAUUGGGCGGCGGUUAGCAAUCGUCCAGAUGUGGCAAUGGCCUUACUUAAUCAUGGGGCCAAGGUGAUGAUGAGAGAUUCGUUUAGCAUGACACCGUUGCACUACUCUAUCCAGAAGGGCCACGGAGACGUGACCAAGUUACUACAGCACUACGGAAGCAACAAGCAGAAGGCUGCCAGUGACCCUAUCACAAGUGUCGCUGCGUCGGGUAGCACGCAACCCGGAUCUCCUGGUGGCGGUGGUCGAGCAAUGUCGAAAAGCAGAAGCGUACUGCUGACUGCAUCGGCCGAUCAUCUUCUAAGCAGCCAAUCGGUUCUUGCAGUACCAGAGAGCAGCCGUCAGGCGCAGUCCACCAGUCCAACGACAAGACCAAACGGCAUCCUGGUAAACCGCCGCCGCUCCUCCGGAGCACAUCUGCUCUCCAGCCAGAUGUCACAGUGGCGAGAGCGCAGAGCGUCACCAGAUGUCCGUGGUGUCCAGGAUCCAAUGUAGACAUUGUGCCAAAACAUACAUGUAGGUCAGGUAACUUAUUUGUUGUCAACUGAGUGAUGGCUGUGGUUGAGUUUGCAACUUUAGUUUUUGAUGCACGACCCACCAGAAUGCACGACCCACCAGAAUGAACUUGAUAGGCUUGUGAUUACAUGUACUUUGAAGUGUUAUACCUGUUGAGUAACUUUUCCUUUCGAAUACGAAACAAUUCAAACCCCUCCUCACACAAGGCGCAUGUAUUGUACUUGAACUGACUGAACCUUUAUCAUUAUAAUUAUUAUUAUUGGAACUGAAGCUUCACAUUCUUUGCUCUACGCACCAAACGAGUCGCCCAUUGUGAAUGUACAAGUAGAGCUUUGAACUCGCAACUUGCGUCUAUCCUCUUCUUAAAUGAUCAGGCUACAUUCA